AAGUCUGACCUUUGACAUCUUCCUGACUUCUUUUAGAAGUUUCUCCAAGCAGGCUCCCUGCCCCUCUACUUUGUACACUACCUCACUAUCUACUAAAACCUUUCAAUGUGCUUUGACACAGGGACCAAGGUUGCUAAGAGACCACCUGCGCUGAAUGCACUUUGUUCAAGCAAGAGCUUGCGGAGUGAACCCCAGGAGUGGGGUUAUCUACCAUUACCUGGGAUUAAGUCAGGGAGCAAGAGCAUUCUGGAUAUGAUGUGUAAAAACUGGAUAUUACUGUCUACUACUAUUCCUGCAAGUCCAGAAGAUGAAAUUCUUGGAAGACUUCUAAAAAUUUUGUUUGUUAUCUUUGUUGACUUUAUGUCUAUUAUAUAUGUCAUUAUAACUUCCUAAAGAGCUGAAUUCCCUUGCUUCACAUGUAAAUUUCACAUUAAUUCCACUGAAUAAAAUUUAUAGUUUAAUUUUUUGAGUGAU